CCCCACCUCCCGUUCUCGCCCCUUGGCGGGGCCCCUCCCGCACCACAGAGACGUGGGACGGCCGCGCGUACUAGAGAAGCGGCCCUCGCCGGCCCGCCAAAGCCCCGCCCUGCCCGCGUGCUCGCUCCACCCCGCCCUGCGCGCCCGGAGCCCGAGGCGCCUCUUCCUCUCGCGCUCGGAGCGCCGGCCCUCCGCUCCGGGGCGGGGCGGGAAGCGGAGGUGGGCGGAGCCUCCGGGGCCUCGCGAGGGCUGGUGGGCGGUGCCCGGCGGGCGCUUCCGGUUUCCGGCCGCGGGAUGAGGGGCGGGGCCGGGGCUGCUGUGGGAGAGUUCGGUUGCUGCGGCGGGGCCUGCACGCUGACUGUGGGAAACUCGGAAACAAGCUCACAUCUCCCUGUGGGAAACCUUCUAGCAACAGGAUGAGUCUGCAGUGGACUGCAGUUGCCACCUUCCUCUAUGCGGAGGUCUUUGUUGUGUUGCUUCUCUGCAUUCCCUUCAUUUCUCCUAAAAGAUGGCAGAAGAUUUUCAAGUCCCGGCUGGUGGAGUUGGUAGUGUCCUAUGGCAACACCUUCUUUGUGGUUCUCAUUGUCAUCCUUGUGCUGUUGGUCUUCGAUGCCGUGCGCGAAAUUCGGAAGUAUGAUGAUGUGACCGAAAGGGUGAACCUCCAGAACAAUCCUGGGGCCAUGGAACACUUCCACAUGAAGCUUUUCCGUGCCCAGAGGAAUCUCUACAUUGCUGGCUUUUCCUUGCUGCUGUCCUUCCUGCUUAGACGCCUGGUGACUCUCAUCUCGCAGCAGGCCACACUGCUGGCCUCCAACGAAGCCUUUAAAAAGCAGGCGGAGAGUGCUAGUGAGGCGGCCAAGAAGUACAUGGAGGAGAAUGACCAGCUCAAGAAGGGAGCUGCUAUUGAUGGAGGCAAGUUGGAUGUCGGGAAUGCUGAGGUGAAGUUGGAGGAAGAGAACAGGAGCCUGAAGGCUGACCUGCAGAAGCUAAAGGACGAGCUGGCCAGCACUAAGCAAAAACUAGAGAAAGCUGAAAACCAGGUUCUGGCCAUGCGGAAGCAGUCUGAGGGCCUCACCAAGGAGUACGACCGCUUGCUGGAGGAGCAUGCAAAGCUGCAGGCUGCAGUAGAUGGUCCCACGGACAAGAAGGAAGAGUAAGGGCCUCCUUCCUCCCCUGCCUGCAGCUGGCUUCCACCUGGCACGUGCCUGCUGCUUCCUGAGAGCCUGGCCUCUCCCUCCAGUACUUCUGUUUGUGCCCUUCUGCUUCCCCCAUUCCCUUCCACAGCUCAUAGCUCGUCGUCUCAGCCCUUGCCCACACUCUCCAAGCACAUUACAGGGGACCUGAUUGCUACACGUUCAGAAUGCGUUUGCUGUCAUCCUGCUUGGCCUGGCCAGGCCUGGCGCAGCCCUGGCUUCCAUGCCUGAGCGUGGAGGGCACGAGUUAGUUGUAGUCCGGCUUGCAGUGGGGCUGACUUCCUGUUGGUUUGAGCCCCUUUUUGUUUUGCCCUCUGGGUGUUUUCUUUGGUCCCGCAGGAGGGUGGGUGGAGCAGGUGGACUGGAGUUUCUCUUGAGGGCAAUAAAAGUUGUCAUGGUGUGUA